UAGGAGAGCAAUGUAAUUUGUUGGAAAGUAGUAACUAAAGUCAGUGAACAUAAAUGGGAACAUGUAAUAUGCAGAAAAAUCCAGAAGUAUUGUAUCAAUCAUCUUCACCCCAAAAGGUUGCUAUAAUUGAACCUUUGUACCAUUGUGCCAGUGGAACCAAGCACAAGUUUCUGUAACGCCAUCCUUCACCAAGAAAUCUCAGCAACACAAGAGCAAAGAGCCUAACAAAGAGCCAAUCACUGAUUUGCCUUAGGCAAAGGCAUGUGUCUAUAAUCUGUAGACGCAACAAUCAUCAAACCGGGCCGGAAGUAACCGGAACACAUCCACACAAAAAAUGGGGGUUUUUAGGAACUCAAACAUUGUAAAUAGAUAGCGUGAAUUGAACUUAGCUAGAGCCCUCGACGUUGGUAAAAGAAAAUAAUUUUAUAACCAAACAAAAUUUUUGAACAUCGUCUAAAUGACUUCAAGUGACAUUAAUUGUGUUAAAAAUGGCUUCUUCCCCAUAUUCAGCUCAAGAUUUUAUGGGUCAUGAAACAUAUGCCUCAAUCAAUAAAAAGGCUUUAACUAAAUAAGAUCCAUACCAAAUGAAAAAACAAGAAGAUCAGCUAAAUACGCGUUGAAUAAUAUACGAAAAAAAUUGGGCCAAAAUUGACCGUCACUUUUCUCAUUACCUCAGCACUAAGUUUCCUUCUCCUUCCUACUUGCAGAUCUUUUGGCGCACACACAUACUUAAUUGCCGACCUCAGAAAGGAAAACACUUUAUGAACCAUAGAUAGAGAGACGACAAGUAACAAGAAACACAAGUUCACAUCUCUCUCUUUCCUUUAUACUCUUUCAUUACAUUAUCUCUUCUCUUUUUCUAACCUCUCAUUUAACAACAGAGCAAAAAAACACAGUCUUUCAUCUUCUUCUUCUGGGGAGAAAGAAAGAGAGCUCUAACAAUGGCGAACUUGGUCUUAUCCGAAUGUGGCAUAAGACCUCUCCCCAGAAUCUACACCACGCCCAGAUCCACUUUCCUCUCCAACACCACCUUCAAACUCAAACCAUCACCUGCGUUUCGUCUGAAUGGGUUCUCCACUAAGAACUGGGCCGCGUUGAAUGUAACCACGCCUUUAACAGCUGACUCACCUCCUCCAACCUCAGAAGAACACGAGAGGCAGAGAUUCGACCCAGGCGCGCCUCCUCCGUUCAACUUGGCGGAUAUUAGAGCAGCUAUUCCUAAGCAUUGUUGGGUUAAGAACCCAUGGAAGUCCAUGAGUUAUGUCGUGAGAGAUGUCGCCAUUGUGUUUGCAUUGGCUGCUGGAGCUGCUUACCUCAACAGUUGGCUUGUUUGGCCUCUCUAUUGGCUUGCUCAAGGAACCAUGUUCUGGGCUCUCUUUGUUCUUGGCCAUGAUUGUGGACAUGGUAGCUUCUCAAAUGAUCCAAGGUUGAACAGUGUGGUGGGUCACCUUCUUCAUUCCUCAAUCCUAGUCCCUUACCAUGGCUGGAGAAUUAGCCACAGAACUCACCACCAGAACCAUGGACAUGUUGAGAACGAUGAAUCUUGGCAUCCUAUGUCUGAGAAAAUCUUCAAGACUUUGGAUAGACCCACUCGGUUCUUUAGAUUUACACUGCCUCUCGUGAUGCUCGCGUACCCUUUCUACUUGUGGGCUCGAAGUCCGGGGAAGAAGGGUUCUCAUUACCAUCCGGACAGCGACUUGUUCCUCCCUAAAGAGAAGAAUGAUGUUCUUACUUCUACUGCUUGUUGGACUGCAAUGGCUGCUCUGCUUGUCUGUCUCAACUUUGUGAUGGGUCCAAUGCAAAUGCUCAAACUCUAUGGCAUUCCUUACUGGAUAAAUGUGAUGUGGUUGGACUUUGUGACUUACCUGCAUCACCAUGGUCAUGAAGAUAAGCUCCCUUGGUACCGUGGGAAGGAAUGGAGUUACUUGAGAGGAGGACUUACAACAUUGGAUCGUGACUACGGAGUGAUCAAUAACAUUCAUCACGACAUUGGAACUCAUGUGAUACAUCAUCUUUUCCCGCAGAUCCCACAUUAUUACCUAGUAGAAGCAACAGAAGCGGCUAAACCAGUAUUAGGGAAGUAUUACAGGGAGCCUGAUAAGUCUGGACCUUUGCCAUUACAUUUACUUGGAAUCUUAGCAAAAAGUAUGAAAGAAGAUCAUUAUGUGAGCGAUGAAGGAGAUGUUGUAUACUAUAAAGCAGAUCCUAAUCUAUAUGGAGAGAUCAAAGUAACAGCAGAUUGAAAUGAAGCAGGCAGAAAGAGAUAGAGAAGUUUUUUCUAUUUCUGACCAGCUGAUUUUUUGCUUAUUAAUGUCAAGUUAUUGUGUUACUUCAUCUAGAGAGUUAGUAUCUCUGAAUACAAUUAGAUGGAAACAACAACUCUGUUUUCAGUACUGAAGCUAUAUAUAAAAGAUACAUUGCAUUGUCUUA